AUGGGGUUCAGAGAUGUGCUUUUGUUAGGCUUCAUCCUUCUCCUCUCAGGUGAUAAUCUUUGUGCUGUGACACAAAAUUGGUUAAAUCCUAAUGAGGCUCUGAAUCAGAUUCCACAAGAAGAGAAAGAAGUGGCUUCAGAGUUGCCGAGAUCUGUGCAAACAAACAGAUCCGAGCAAAGCGAUCAUCCCUCUGUCGACUACAAGCUCAAGAGCAGCCUCCGUAAACAAACACUGCUCCAGCGUCCUGAGGCGAAAGAGCAGAUGCAAACUUUUCAAAACCCUCAGAGAUCUGAAACUGCAGGAGAACUGACCCCAGAACAGCUGCAGCCAAAGGCAGCUGUCCAAAACAUACCAGUCCUGGAACCUCCUGUCAAACAAGAAUCAAAGGUGUUGGUGAAAUUUGAGCAGUGGGUUCCUGUCGCCGCCGACAGCGUUGCAGUUCAAUGUGGUGAGGGAGGGGUCACCGUAAAGGUCAAACAGAACUUCCUAGGUAACGGUCAGUUGAUCCGUCCAAGUGAUCUGACCUUAGGAGGCUGCGCUGCCCAGGACGCCGCAGACCACAUCCUGCAUUUCCAGGCUGAUUUGCAAGAGUGCGGUAGCACGAAGACGAUAACAGAAGAUACCCUCAUCUACACUUUUUCCCUGAUUUACACUCCAACACCCAUUGGAAGCACCUUCAUUUUAAAGACCAACCCUGCUAAGGUGGAAAUUGAAUGCCACUAUCCAAGGAGGCAUUACGUGAGCAGCAAAUCCAUGAGGCCUACCUGGAAGCCAUUCGCCGCUUAUAAGCAAGCAGAGAACCAGCUGCACUUCUCCCUGCGCCUCAUGACAGAGGACUGGCAGUCGCAGAGGCCUUCCAGUGUGUACUUCCUGAGUGACGAGAUGCACAUGGAGGCGUCGGUCCUGCAGGGUCACCAUGUCCCGCUGAGGGUCUAUGUGGACAGCUGCGUGGCCACCGCAGACCCCGACCCCAGUUCGCAUCCCAGAUACGUCUUCAUCAGCAACCACGGGUGUUUAACUGAUGCUAAGCUGACAGGAGCCAAGUCUUACUUCAUGCCGAGAAAGCGCGAGGAUAAACUUCAUUUCCAGCUGAAAGCUUUCAGGUUCCAGCAAGAUCACAGGAAUUUGCUUUACAUCACAUGCAAAAUGAGAGCGACGACGGUCUCCGUUCCCUUCGACUCACAAAAUAAAGCUUGUUCGUUCCUGACUGAAGCCAACAGAUGGGUGGCAUCAGGUGGAGACAAUAAGGUGUGUAGCUGCUGUGAAACCAGCUGCAGUGCACAGAGAUGGAGAAGAAGCCUCGAAGCAGCAGAGGCAGAUGCUGAUGUGCAGGUGGAGGGGACGGCUGUCCUCGGCCCCAUCCUGUUGGAGGACACUCUGCAGACCGACCUGAUGGAACCAUCUGACCUUCAUACUGAGCUGCAAACGCAUCCUGAAGAGGCUGAUGCAGACUGCUCUGCAUUGAUAGCCCUGCUGUGUACUGUGGGUGCAGCGCUGGGUGUGGUUUUGCUGUUAGUAGUGGGGGCUAUUGCCUCCAGCAGACGAGGCAAAUCCACCGAGCGCUCUAGGAUGCUCAUCAUCAUCAUCAUACUAGACAUGGUCGCCCACCCACAGAUGUCUAACAGUUUUGGCGGCGCCGACACGAGUUGA